GUACCGCUUGCACGAUCUUGUCGACAACACCUGAUUCCGUGGUCAGACCGCGGCCGGGACACUCUUACGAACGCGUUUUCGAUUCGUGCCAACGCGACCGGGGAAGUGUGGAAAAGGAUAACCGAUAAAGGCAAAAGAAUAUCCCGCCGCCAUCAUGGAGGACGUCCGCAACGAACCAGAGCUGGGCGGCGAAGUCCUUAUCGGGUCCGGCCGUAACAGGAAAGAACUGCACAAGACACGCCGAAUACUGGCGCAGGUGCUCGCGACGGUCGCCGUGAGUCUGUUGGUAUUAGACUUGGGAAUGAUGAUAGCCGUUCCUACAAUAGUGAUCGGCGAGCUUCACAACGCGAAAGAGGGCCUGUCGUUGGACGAUUACCAGGCUUCAUGGUUCAGCAGCGUGCUGUUGCUGUGCCAGCCGGUGGGCAGCGUGCUGUCGGGCUGCUUACAGGCGCCGCUGGGCAGGAAGUGGACCAUGGUGCUGGUGACGGUGCCGCACGCGGUCUCGUGGUACCUGCUGCACUCGGCGCAGUCCGCGGCCAUGCUGUACGUUGCGUCCGCGUCUAUGGGCGUCGGCAUCGGGUUCCUGGAGGCGCCUUUGCUGGCGUACAUCGGUGAGAUUACCGAGCCCAAGCUCCGUGGUCGGUUGGCCACGUACUCCAACGCCAACGCCGUGCUCGGCCACCUGUUGGAGUUCGGGCUCGGUUGCUUGCUCCCGUGGAGAUUGGUCAUGCUCGUCAGCUGCGCGGUGCCCGCCGUCGCCUUCGCGGCCCUGUGCAUGGUGCCCGAGUCGCCCGUGUGGCUGUUGACCAAAGGCAGGAAGGACGAGGCCAUGUCGGCGCUGAGAUGGCUCCGGGGCUGGGUUUCCGCUGAGGAGGUGAGCGACGAGUUCCGCGCGCUACAGCUGUACUGCGAGGCGUCCAGGGACGAGUACAAAAGCGCGUGGGAAGCCGAGCUGAGGAAAUCGUCCGGAUACACCGGCGUGCCAGACAGCGAGUGCGACCCGAGACCCGAACGCCAACCCGGAUUCGUUUACGGCUUAAAAGACCUUCUCCGUCCCGGCAUUCUUGUGCCGAUGCGGCUGAUCAUUGCGUACGUCUUCUUCUACCACGCCGGUUCGCUGACGGCCUUGAGAGCGUAUAUGAUCGAAGUGUUUGCCCGGUUGAAAGUACCGCUAUCGCCGAACCUGCUCACCGUCGUGUCGGCUGCGUCCCAAUUCGCCGGCACCGUGACGUGCAUUUGCCUGGUGCACGUUGUUGGCAAAAGAGCCCUGUCGUUGGUCUCCAUGACCAGCUGUGCGUUGUGCUGCCUACUACUGGGCGCGUACACGUACGCCACUAGCUGGUAUUCUCUGCCCGUCAUCCCACUGCUGCUCUUCUGCUCACUAUACUUCUCCAUGAACGUGGGCAUCGCCCCCGUGCCAUGGCUGUUGAUCAGCGAAAUGUUCCCGACCAGGGGACGAGGAGUCGCUGGCGGUGUGUGCGCUGCAAGUUUCUACAUAAUCGCGUUCAUCGUGUCCAAGACGUGGGUGAACCUCAUCAACGCGGUGGAUUUGCAUGGAUGUUUCUUGUUCUAUGGGUUGCUAACCAGCGUCGGUGUGGUGUUCGUGUACUACUGUCUGCCGGAAACCGAAGGCAAGACACUCGGAGAAAUCGAAAAGCAAAUCGCGAGCAAAACGAGAAAUAAGUAACUUUCGUAACGUCCGAGCGGACGGUUCGUCAAACGGCUACAGCAAACAAAAAAAAAUAUACGUAUAUUUUUGUGAUUUAUAAUUUUUAUUUUUUUAUUACUUUAUUUCGUAAGCAAA